CAAAUACAUAUGCAUGCUUGACGUGGCGGAGCGAUUGGUUGCGAGCAGCCGUUCCGCUAGGACUUUGCGCGUGCACUCCGCGUCUCCAGAAGCGGUCGAACUGCAUAAAGCCAACAGAACAGCCUAUGCAGUAUAUUACUUCGGAGUGAGGAAUCUCUCCUGCAGUUUUGCACACGAUGUCAGAGCAGUACUUAGCCGGCGCCUUCGAUGCUACGGCCAUCAGGAGCCUCCAGGCUGUAAAACAUUUGGGACUACUUAACGUCGUUGACGACCUGAGAGCCCAAGGCUUGAACGAGCAUGUCGACCUACCACAGCUCAUUGUUUGCGGCGAUCAAUCCAGCGGCAAGAGCUCCGUCCUCGCCGCGGUCUCUGGGGUGUCAUUUCCGAAGAAGGAUAACCUCUGCACCCGUUUCGCCACAGAGGUCGUUCUUCGGCGCGACGAUGCACUCGAGGUUGCUCAGGUGUCCGCGAGAAUCACUCCGAGUAGCACUCGACCAUUGUCAGAUCGCCAGGCGCUGGAAGCGUUCGUGCGUGAACUGAGUUCCAUGGAGAAUCUGCCAGAAACAAUAGCAGACGCGGCUAUGGUCAUGGGACUCGGCGCCGCUGGGAGCGCCUUCUCUGCAGACAUUCUCCGUCUGGAAGUACGAGGUCCCCAAAUGCCCCAACUCACUAUCGUGGACCUACCAGGCCUAAUCCAUUCGGAAAACAAAUUCCAGACUGCAGAAGACGUUGCACUGGUGAACGCACUCGUCGAAGGUUACAUGUCGCAGGAGCGAAGUAUUAUCCUGGCGGUGGUAUCCGCCAAGAAUGACUACGCAAAUCAGAUCGUUCUCGCGAAGGCCAGAAGCGCAGACGCAACCGGUCGAAGAACACUCGGUAUCAUCACGAAACCAGACGCACUCCAUCCCAAAUCGACAAGUGAACGGUCGUUCUUGAGCCUCGCACGCAACCAAGACAUUGAGUUCGCCCUCGGCUGGCAUGUUGUCCGCAACCAGGAUACCAAUGUGACAACAGAGAUGGACCGGGACAAUGUUGAGGCACACUUUUUCAGCACGUCACAAUGGAGAGAAAUUGCCGAGAAGGAUCGCGGCAUCCACUCGCUGAGGGACAAGCUAAGCCAAAUUCUUUUCCGCCAGAUUAGGCGAGAGCUUCCGGAAUUAAUCCGCGAGAUUCUGCUCGCAAAAGAGGACACCGCAAACCUUCUUGGUCGCAUGGGUCGGAGUCGCGCAACAUUGUCGGAGAAGCGCACCUUUGUCAUGGAGGUUGGGCAAGCGUUUCGUGACCUCUGCCGUGCCGCCUGCGAAGGUCUGUACGAGGACGCCUUCUUCGAUGAUCUGUCCUCGGACAACCAGUCCCGGCGUCUCCGAGCAGCGGUGGAGAACGGUAAUCUUGCGUUUGCAAAGAGAAUGCUCAAUUUGCCAGUUACAAGCGUGAUCGUACACGACAGCCAAGGUAAGCUACCGGGAACCUUCAAUCCUAUUAUGAUUGGACAGCUGUUUCGAGAACUUAGCAGACCAUGGUUCAAGUACACGCGCGAACAUGCGAAUGAAGUGUGGCUGUCAGCGAGGGCGGCAGUGGUCGCGAUGCUCGAGACAAUCACAGAGGAUUAUAUAUGCGAUGCGUGCAUGAAGGCCGUGAUCGAUCCCGAGCUCGAAAGUAUGCAACAGGCAAUGGAGACCCGACUGACCGAAUACAUGCAAGAAUUUCGUCGUCAGCCGAUCACUUACAACCACUAUCUCACCGAAACCGUGCAGGCAGCCAGAUAUGGGCGUGAGCAUCAUGAGGCAAUUCAGAGAUGCCGAGAACUACUCAAAUCCCGUGGCACUUUAACCCUUCAAGACGUAGGGUUGAUUGUCGAUGCCGUUGUGCCGCGCAGGGAACCCGACAUGGAGAAUAUUGCGGCGCGCUCACUGGCUGAUUACGCCGAGGCCUACUACAGGGUGGCUCUGAAACGCGUCAUCGAUGAGGUUCCAGCGCACGUGAUUGAGCCUACAAUCUUGACCGCCCUUCCAACACUUCUCGACGCUCCCACAAUCUUAGCAAUGUCUACGCAGCAAAUCGAAGCCAUAGGUGGAGAAUCGCCCACGAGGACAGCGAUCCGAAGGACCUUACAAGCCAAGCUUGAGGUGCUCGAUCGUAGCAACCUCAUCUGCAAUGUUCUGACGCUGGUGAGGUUGACGGUGCUUCCGACGCGCGAUACGACGGAAAGUCCAUCCUAUUUACUGAGGACCCUUCGCUUGGUACUGAUCCCCCUUCGCUGAAUGAGGUUAGCGCGGUAGAGACAGCUUACAACGCUCUGUCGUCUGCUGCCAAGAAAAAGAAAAAGGGAGGCAAG